UUUUCCAUCAUACCGUGCAUUAUCGAUUCGAAGUUUACGCGCUGCAAGCGAAAAACCUGUUUAAAGAAAAAUGGGAGGGUUAAGUCUUUUAAGUUUAGAAAAUCAGGUAUUUCGUUGUUAUUUAACGUAUACCUCAAUUUUGGUGUUAAAGAUGAUGUUAAUGUCGAUUUUAACAUCAGUUCAGCGUCGUAAACAUGGAGUACUCACCUCACCUGAAGAUGCACCCCUAUUGAAACCUCUUCGCAAAUCACAUGAUGACGUCGACCGUGUUCGGAGAGCUCACUUAAAUGAUAUGGAAAACAUUCCUCUAUUCUUCGUAGUUGGUUUUACGUACAUUCUAACCAAUCCAGCGCCAUUGAUUGCUUCAUACAUAUUUCGCAUUUACACCGUAUCCAGAAUAAUUCAUACUUUUGUGUACGCAAUUUACGUGAUUCCACAACCCGCUAGAGGACUUGCUUGGGUAGUUGGAUAUCUCGUUAACGCUUAUAUGGCUGUAAGGACCAUUAUUACGUUCGCAACAUGGUGAUGAAGUACGAUGUGCACCUUUUAUUUUUAGCUAUGUUGCGUAUCUAGGUACCUGUUAUAGAAAAAUAUACAUUUUAAAAGGUCA